GCCAACCAUAACCAUCAGUGAAGUAGUUUUUUUCUCUCUCUCUCUAGGGUUGGUUGAAUGGCGAGCGAAGAUGUGGCGGUAGGGAAGAGAAGUAGUGAGAGUGUUGCAGUUAAUACAAUAGUUAAUCUUGCUGAAGAAGCUAAAAUGGCGAGUGAAGGUGUUAAAGCUCCUUCUCAUGCUGCUCUUUUCACUAUUGCCAAAUCUCUUGCUGCUGGUGGAAUUGCUGGUGGAGUAUCACGCACUGCAGUUGCUCCAUUGGAAAGGCUAAAAAUUCUGCUCCAGGUUAUGAGGAUGUUACAUGGACCUUUGUUCGUUGAAGUGCAGGUACAGAAUGCUCACUGUAUAAAAUACAAUGGUACAGUUCAGGGGUUGAAAUACAUAUGGAGAACUGAGGGUCUGCGGGGUUUGUUCAAAGGAAAUGGUACUAAUUGUGCCCGCAUUGUUCCAAACUCUGCCGUCAAGUUCUUCAGCUAUGAGGAGGCAUCGAGGGGAAUCUUAUGGUUUUACCGACAGCAAACUGGAAAUGAGGAUGCUGAACUUACUCCUCUUCUACGCCUUGGUGCUGGAGCAUGUGCAGGCAUCAUUGCCAUGUCAGCAACUUAUCCAAUGGACUUGGUACGAGGUCGGAUUACUGUUCAGACAGAUAAAUCUCCUAGCCAGUACAGAGGGAUAUUUCAUGCUCUGAGAACAGUUUUUGCUGAAGAAGGCCCGCGUGCUCUGUACAAAGGAUGGCUCCCUUCUGUGAUAGGCGUGAUUCCUUAUGUAGGUUUAAACUUUGCUGUAUAUGAAUCCUUAAAAGAUUGGUUGGUCAAAACUCGACCAUUAGGACUAGCCCAAGACACUGAAUUGAGUGUUAUAACAAAGCUCGGCUGUGGUGCUGUUGCUGGAACCAUUGGGCAAACGGUUGCUUACCCUCUUGAUGUCAUCCGUCGAAGAAUGCAGAUGGGCGGCUGGAAAAAUGCAGGUUCAGUUGUUAUUGGUGAUGGGAAGAGCAAGGCACCUGUAGAGUAUAGUGGUAUGAUUGAUGCAUUUAGGAAAACAGUUCGUCACGAGGGAGUUGGAGCUUUAUAUAAGGGUUUGGUCCCCAAUUCAGUCAAGGUGGUCCCGUCUAUAGCAAUUGCAUUUGUGACAUAUGAGGUGGUAAAAGACAUUCUUGGUGUGGAAAUGAGGAUAUCUGAUUGAAUUGUUCGAGGAAGUUCAGGUUAUUUUCUGAACCUAGAUGUUGAUUUACUCGGAGAAGCAAGGAAGGUGUUUGUGGGAAAGUGUUAUCUCGUAGACUUGGAAAGGGAGAGAUCCUGAGCACCCUUAUAUAUUUUACCCAUACCAACGGUUGUCUUUGCGUCCUCCUUUAGGUUUACAUUAUAUCGGAUAAAUUAGCAAUAAGAGUGGUCCAGAAGUAGCAGUAGGUGCACUUCAUAUUAUAGGAAUCAAAAUACUCAUUUGGCCAGUAUUUUUACACAACAGCUUAUAUUGAAUGGAGAUCUGGGUCGUUGAUUUCACGAUUUGCUCUGGUGAUGAUCCAUUUUUUUGUUCGGUACAUUUGAUCAGCACUGUUUAUUUCUGCCAUAUUUUGUGGUGUAUCGGUGCAGGCAUGGGCGCUAGCUGCAUGCUAAACUAAAUAUUUUGUGCCUGCAAAUAAUGCAUUAGGAUUAUUACA